AUGUCCUCUGUCUCUGAGCUCACCUGCAUCUACUCCACCCUCAUUCUUCACGAUGACAAGGUGACGGUCAAGAAGCAUAAGAUCAAUGCCCUCAUGAAAGCAGCUGGUGUCAAGGUUGAGCCUUGCUUGUUUGCAAAGGCCCUGGCCGGUGUUAACAUUGGGAGUCUCAUCUGCAAUGUAGGGAAUGGUGGGCCAGCUCCAGCAGCUGGACAUGCACCAGCAGGAGGUCCUGCCCCAGACACUGCUUUUGCCCCAGCUGAGAAGAGGAAAGUGGAAGCAAAGAAGGAAGAAUUUUGGAUCUUAAAUGCUCCUAAGGCUCAUGUAUUUAUUGAAAGUAUGGUCCAGGCAUGUGGCACUUUUGGAGCUCAGUAG